ACGACGACAUGCAUAUAAUUGAAGCAGCAAACUUCUGAGUUCUUGUGGUUAUAAAAAGAGUGAAUGAGAGAGUUAGAAGUUAGAUCCUCCACUCCACAACCAAGAGAUCAUUACAAUGGCAAUGGCAAUGGCCACCAUGGCAGGAGCUGUGAAGAUUAUUUGUUUGUUAGCUUUUACGGUAUGGCUGUGGAUUUGGGUCCUUUUGCCCACUAAGCUUUACAAGAUCACUUGGACCCCCAACCUCAACAUGGACCUCAACUCCACAUAUUUCAGAGAACAAGGCACAAAUCUUCUGCUUUUCUCUUUUCCCAUCAUGUUCAUGGCAGCUUUGGGCUGUGUUUAUCUCCACUUGCAGCGCAAGAAUAAUUCUUCUGAACAAGAUCACGAUGAUCACAAACCCUUUUCUUCUCAAAGGGGGCGCGGAGAUUCAUUUCUGAGGCGGCCGGUUUUGAUAAUGAAUCCUCUGGGGAUUUUGAACACAUUGGAGAUUGGGUUUGCAGCUGCAUUUGUUGUGCUUUUGAUUUGGUCUCUUGCCAAUUACUUGUACAUUAGCUUUGGGAAUCUUCAUAUGGAUCCUGGCGUGAAAAUUUGGCAAGCAAAGUUUCGAAGUGUGUCACUGAGAGUUGGGUACAUUGGAAACAUAUGCUGGGCGUUUCUGUUCUUUCCAGUCACAAGAGGCUCUUCUUUGUUGCCUCUAAUUGGACUCACUUCAGAGUCGACUAUCAAAUAUCAUAUCUGGCUUGGCCACCUCUCCAAUCUUCUCUUUGCAUUGCACACCGUUGGAUUCAUCAUCUACUGGGCCAUCACUCAUCAGAUGGCUCAGUUGAUACAAUGGAGUGAAGACUAUGUAUCAAAUGUUGCUGGACUGAUUGCCAUGGCAUUCGCCACCGUUAUCUGGGCAACGAGCUUUCGUCCGAUUCGUCGAAAAAUGUUCGAGGUCUUCUAUUACACUCACCAUUUUUACAUUCUCUACAUCAUCUUCUAUCUAAUCCAUGUCGGAGUAGCAUACGUAUGCAUGAUCCUUCCCGGAAUCUUUCUCUUCGCCAUCGAUCGUUACUUACGAUUCUUACAAUCACAACGACGCGUAAGCCUGGUUUCAGCUCGCCAUCUUCCUUGUGGUGCUGUUGAACUAAACUUUCUGAAAAGUCCAGGAUUAAGGUACAAUCCUACAAGUGUAAUGUUCAUAAAUGUACCAAGCAUUUCCAAACUACAGUGGCAUCCCUUUACAGUCACUUCUAACUGCAAUUCAGAUGCUGAUACAGUGACUGUUGUUAUCAAAUCAGGGGGAUGUUGGACUUCCAAACUUCACCAACAGCUUUCUUCUUCUGUGGAUCACCUCCAAGUUUCUGUUGAAGGUCCAUAUGGGCCUGCUUCUACUCACUUUUUAAGGCAUGAAUCCCUGCUGAUGAUAAGCGGAGGUAGCGGAAUUACUCCCUUCAUUUCGAUAAUCCGAGAGAUCAUGAUUGCCCGAAGCAUGAAACCGGAUUGCCACAUCCCGCAGAUUCAGCUUGUUUGUGCCUUCAAGAACUCCAUUGAUCUCACCAUGUUGGAUCUCUUGCUUCCAGUAUCUAGCACACAAACAGAAUUUUCAAAUGUACCAUUACAAAUUGAAGCAUACAUCACCAGAGAGAAAGAACAGCCUCAAACAAAUGCCGAAAUGCUCAUAAACACAACAUGGUUUAAGCCAAACCCAUUAGACUCACCAAUAUCAGAGGCUCUUGGACCAAACAACUGGCUGCUCCUUGGAGCGAUUAUCUCAUCUUCGUUUGUGAUGUUCUUGAUCCUUUUGGCCAUCGUCACUCGCUACUACAUUUACCCAAUCGAACGAAAUGGCGACGCUGUUUACAAUUACAAUUACACCUACAAGGUUCUUUGGGACAUAUUCUUAGCAUUUGCUUGUAUUUGCAUAUCUUCUAGCCUUGUCUUCCUGUGGCAAGGGAAAACAAAUGCUUCAAAUGGCAAACAAAUUCAAGUUUCCAAUGUUCAAACACCAAAAACAUCACCUGGGUCAUGGAUCUAUGGAGGUGAUAGAGAGCUUGAGAGCCUUCCCUGUCAAUCACUUGUUCAAGCAACCAAUGUCCAUUAUGGGGCCAGACCUAAUCUCAAAAAAAUUCUGUUAGAGUGCAAAGGAUCGGAUACUGGAGUUCUCGUCAGUGGCCCGACCGGGAUGCGGCAUGACGUAGCCAACAUUUGUUCAUCUACUUAUGCAGAUAAUCUAAAUUUUCACUCUAUGAGCUUCAUCUGGUGAAAACUUGGAGUUCAUUGCAUAAUUUGAAGUUUGAACCUCUUACAUUACUGUAAAUAACUUAUGUUGGAAAUAUGAAGUUAUAUAAUUAAAGGUUCCUGUUCUCGUUUUCUUUGUCUUUUCUUGAAAGUUUAUUCAAGUGAGCCACUG